AUGGUCGGAACGGGCAUUACGACCGCGUAUGCCAUGCACAUCGGCGCGGUCCUGUCCCAUGCACAACUACCCGCAAUCACCUGCUUCGAGUUGUGGGAGCAUAAUCUCUUAACGCAACAGUUGGAGGUAGUGGACGGAACAAUUGCCACACCGGAAGCACCGGGGCUGGGCAUUGAGGUUGACGAGUACGCGCUAGAACGCUACCGUGUUGAGCCGGGAACACCUUCGCCUACGGCACUCUAUAAGCAGAGGGAACGAACUUGCCGUGUACAUAUUCCCGACAGCAGAGGCGGUGAGGUUGUCCACGAUUUUACAGGUGAGGGUGUCUAUUAUCCCGCCUUUAGUGAAGGGAAUAUCCGGGAUUUGUUCGUGGUGUUCGGAUGGAAGUAA